UUUUCGUCUAAACAAAAAUUGGGCCAUUGGAAGGGGCAACCACUCAGAAGUCACAAGAGUCGAACGACUUUAUAACCUUGGUUGGAGUAGCAAAACUGCGUAUAUUUUCUACACUCCAAUUGUGCCACUGGUGCUGGGAGAGAGAGACAGAGAGAUGGAGGGCAAUGGCAUUGGAAAUGGCAAUGGGGGUGGAGUAGAGGACAUGAACGAGCCGGCUCUGGGGGAGUGCUUGAGUGGGUACGUUGACCAAGGAAGCGUGGAGAGUCACAGGUACUAUCGUUCUCGGAAAACCGUAAUGGAGAUGCUUAAAGACAGAGGCUACUCCGUACCAGCUUCCGACCUUAACCUCACUCUCAAUGACUUUCGUGCCAUUCAUGGACAGUCUCCUGAUCCUGAACGCCUCCGAUUCUCCGUUACUCAUAUCAAGAACCCUUCUAAGAGGAUUCUUGUCAUUUUCUGUGGGCCUGGUGCGGUGAAAGUGAAUACAGUUAGAAGUAUUGCGGCUCAGAUUGUUAAUAGAGAUACUUUAAAGGGGCUAAUUUUAAUAAUUCAAAACCCAAUAACAAGUCAAGCUCAAAAGGCUCUUGAUUGUUUGUCUUUCAAGGUUGAAAUUUUCCAGAUUACUGACUUGCUUGUUAACGUCACAAAGCAUGUUUUGAAGCCAAGGUAUCAGUUUCUGACUAAUAAGGAGAAACAAAAUCUCCUGAAGAAGUACAGCAUAGAAGAAAAGCAGCUACCUCGAAUGUUGAAAGAAGAUGCAAUUGCUGAAUACUAUGGACUUCAGAAGGGGCAAGUGGUGAAGAUUUCGUACACUGGUGGAAUCUCCGACUCUUACGUUACAUAUCGCUGUGUAUGGUGAUCACUUUUAUGUGCAGUUCAUUAUUUGGUAGCAUACUUCUAGUGUUAUAUAAAGGUAAGAUUGUUGACCUCUUCUGGGUUACUGCCGUUAUAUGUCUUGUGGGAUUUUGGGUUGAUGUUUCUGUCAUUGUGUGCCCAUCUGUGGUUUAGAGAUGAGAUUACACUUUUGUGGGGGCGAGUUAUAAAAUUUCAUGUUCCAAGGGCACAUAGCUGGUGAAAGAAUGUAUGUUAAACAAGUACUUUUGUUACAAGAUGACCCGAUUAAACGUUACUUUUCCUUACCAUGUGGUUUCUCAUAGAACGGCCUGUCGUGUUUCUUUGAGGGUUGUCGUUUAUAAAAACAAACAACAUUUUCGUAAAGAAAUGGAAAUGGUCUUCGUUUGAGCCAUAGCAUUGUACUGUUAGUGUUGGAACAUUAUUGUGAAUUAUUAAAAACUUGAUGAAAAGCUGCUAUAUGAGAUCCUUUAAAAA